AUGAAGUCCACUCCAGCCCUCCUCGCCCUCUCCGCGAGCCUGGCCAACGCAGUUGAUAUGGCGUCCUAUGAGGCCUCCCCGGGCGUCGACGCCGCCUUUGCCAACUUUGUCUCAGAGUACUACCUCGUCUCGGAAGACAAGGCCGCCACCACCUCCUUUACCAACUUUUGGCCCUCUGACGGGAAGCUCAUCCUCGCGGGGCGGACGUUUUCGGGGUACACCGCCAUGCUGGCCGUCAAGCAGUCUCUCCUGCCGCCCAACGGCAACAAGUCGUGGUGGCACUUGAUCCGCGGCGCCACGGUCAGCGGGGAGACGGAUGCCGACAAGACUUUUGUGGCGGAUAUUGUGAUUCAGACGACGUAUGUUGGGGGGAAUUGCUCCCAGGCGUAUGGUAAUGCGAGCUUCACUGUUCUCAAAGAUGCCCAGGGAGUACCGAGGCUGGAGCCGCAUUCGGAGAGCUUGAGCGUGUAUAACCUUACAGUGUCGACGACGGAGUCUCCUACAGACAUUCCGUGUAGCAGUUCGUAA